CGCUUUUGUUCAUCAGAUAGGUGGGAGGAGACAUAGCGCAUAUUUGUACUCGACCGCUUCGUUCCACUUUUCCGCCUCGCAAAUAAUCGCAACCAAAAGACUGCAUGGUGGAUAUUAAUUAGCACGCAGCUCUUCGUAAUCGACAGGUCGUGCCGAUCUGUUUGCGAGUCGUGCCAGAGGACGGGGCUUCUCGGGAGAGAAGGAAGCGCAAGGCGGAUUCGCACAGGGAGCAUUGACCCUCUCUCUUCCUUCGCAGAGCAGCCCUUUUAUUUUGACAGGUCCGUUUAUCAGGCAACAUGUCCAAGAAACCGGCCGUCCAGCCUGCGCUCCACAAGGUCAUCAUGGUCGGCAGUGGCGGCGUCGGCAAGUCGGCUCUCACCCUCCAGUUCAUGUACGACGAGUUCGUCGAGGACUACGAGCCGACCAAGGCUGACUCGUACCGAAAGAAGGUUGUUUUGGACGGUGAGGAGGUGCAGAUUGACAUUCUGGACACCGCUGGACAGGAAGAUUAUGCAGCGAUCAGAGACAACUACUUUCGCAGCGGCGAGGGUUUUCUGUGCGUGUUCUCCAUCACCGAGCACGAGAGUUUCCAGGCAACAGAGGAGUUCAGGGAGCAGAUCCUGCGAGUGAAAAACGACGACAACAUUCCGUUCCUGCUGGUGGGGAACAAGAGCGACCUGAAGGACAAGCGGAAGGUGUCGCUGCAGGAGGCGACGUCGCGGGCGCAGCAGUGGGGCGUGCCGUACGUCGAGACGUCGGCCAAGACGCGCGAGAACGUGGACAAGGUGUUUUUCGACCUGAUGAGGGAAAUAAGGUCGCGCAAGAUGGAGGAGAACAAGGCCAACAACGGCAAGAGCAAAGACAAGUGCAAGAGGAAGAAACGCAAAUGCACCAUCUUGUAGAGCAGACUCUUCCGAAUAGGUUUUUUGUGAGCUGCUGCAGAAAAUCGCCAAGCGCAAGGCUGCUGAAGAGGUGACCAACAACAAAGAAGACAAGGCCACCAAAAAGUGUUGUGUUAUUAUGUGAAAAUCAUUCCCCUAAAGUACUGAAAACAAAUGCCUUUUUUUCUACAAAAGUAAAAGCAACCACAUGGAGACGACCACUCGCAUUUUCCUUGUAAUUUUCUCGGCGGUUGCGCCUCUACAAUGUUUUUAUUUGUGUUCUUGCAAACUUUAAACAAAAAUUUGCGCAGCUCCAUUAAAUGGAGUGCAACUGCUGAAUAUUUCACUUUUGUAAAUAAUAAUAUAAAAUGUACCACGAUGAUAACUUAUAUUUACUAAGUUUGCUUCGCACACUCAAAUUUUUUUAACGAGUAAAUUGUAACAGGCUUUUUCUGUAUCGUUGUGAAUGGCGAAAUCAACUGAUUUUAUAUCAAACUCUUAUAAAAUUAAUAAUUUAUGCUGUACAAUUUGAGUUAUAUUAAACUUCUAUUAUUUAAUAAAAAUUGAUAUUUAGAAUCUUC